AUGUUCUCAGAAUACGCAUCGCGCUUUCUUUCCCAGUCGCAGUCAAGGGUCAACUUCGCUCCCGAUAAUACUCAAAAUGGACGCGAAGCCCAAAGACAACGAGACCGAUCCUCUUCACGGUUUCCAGCUUCAAGAUCCUUUUUAAAUCGGGGACGAGGCAAUCCAUACCAACCCAGCUCCUCCCACUUGCAGUUGCCGUUUGGGCGGGGAUCCAUGCAACAAGCCCCACUCUUUCACAGUACUGCCGGUAGAUUCCGCGAAGAAGAUGAUGAGCAGGAUCAUGAGCGAGAAAUAGCGGAUCAUUAUGCCCUCCAGCGGUCUAGAAGGACUUUUGAUCCAAUCCAGUUGGAAGAAUCAUCAGAACUGGAGGGGGAAGAUGAGGGGCGCAAGAGUACGGAAAACUCAUUUGGAAAAGCACGGGGAAUAAGGAGCUCCUGGAAAGAUAAAAGAUCCAGCCACGAAAAGUGCCCUAAACCUUCUGUGGACCCUGUGCACGAGCAGAAAGGCGACCAAGACGAUGGGGUACAAUCCACAAUAAGCAAGGGAAAGGGCAAAAUGGUCGAUAUACGCCUCGAAGACUCAGUGCCAAACGACAUGAUAAAUAUCGACCCUGAAUUGGCAUCCGACUUCCAAGAUAGUCACCUCUCUUCUGAACAAUUCAGACGAUCACCCUAUCCAAACAAUAAUUUCCAAAACAACUCCUUCAUACCCCAAGAAACAGAUAAACAAACCCUACUGAAUCACCCUCGCCCCCCCAGCCCUAGCGAGUCAGAACGCCUAGCUUCAGUGGGGGCCGAACCUGAGCCUCCUAUGCACGAUGCUUUUUGGGGCCACUUCUUCUUACUCUCGGUAGCCGGCCUUUUUGCAUCAGCAUUCAUGGUUUACCUCCACACUUCGGCGCCAUCGGGUAAACCGGGAUUAGGAGAUACGAUAUACUCUACACUUCACGCAUCAUUCUACCUUCUUGGCACAUAUACUAUGAUCUCCGUUUUCGUAUCUCUGCUGUGGUUGGCCCUCCUAAAGUCAUAUGUCAAACCACUGGUCUAUGCAAUGUUAAUUGCUGUUCCUAUAAUCCUCUACUCAUUUGCUCUUUAUUCGUUCAUAUCUAGCUUCAAGGGAUCGUGGCAUGGCUCAACUCUCCAGGACAAGGUCAUGCGCUGGGGAUCAUUGGUUCCGAUGAUACUUGCAACGACGUGGGUAUAUUCUGUGGCUAAAGGCCGCCACUCCACUGGAAAGGCGAUCGGCAUUUUGGAAUUUUCUUGUCGAAUUCUCACCGCAAACUCCCCUUUACUCCUAUUCGGAUUUGCCACCUUGGCAGUUAUUGCCGUUUGGACAUGGGUGUGGAUUGCCAUGUUCACUCGCGUAUUCCUAGGAGGACACAUGAGCUCGUCUAAGUCCAUCUUCAUCAUCAACUAUGAGAGUUGGUGGCUAGGAGCGUUCUUCAUUCUAGUUUACCUGUGGUCCCUUGGUAUUAUUUCCGGAAUUCAACGCUCCGUGACUGCUGCCACCGUCAGCCAGUGGUAUUUCCAUCGUCGUGCGGUUCCACAGGUAUCGCCUAACCAAGUAGUUCCUGCGGCACUCUCUUUUUCUCUUACUUCGAUGUUUGGAACGAUUUGUCUGUCCACAUUUCUCUCCCUGCUCAUCCGUCUACCAUUAAUUGUGUUACCCCGACGGCUCUCGUCUUUUCUCUCUCUACUUGCCUAUUCUAUCGUCCCAGCGCCUAUUGCGGCGCUAACAAACCCCCUCACCCUCACAUAUGCCACUAUAUUUGCCCAGCCUUUGGUUAGCUCGGCACGAUCCCUUAGCCAGCUUACCUUUCUUGCGCCCUCGUCGGCAACGACAAUUCACCCACGGUCAUUUUCAAAUGACGUUGGGAACGGAACAUCUACUCUCGUUCCGUACCGUCUCGCCAAGCUUCUCCUUCAUGCGACACGUCUUAUAAUGUCGCUUGCCCUUGGUUUUGCAGGCUGGGUGUCCAGUGCUAGGACACUGCAACUACCUGAUGGUAGCAGCUCAAUCCGCGGCAGUUUAUAUGCUUAUGUUGUCGGCAUGAUUGCCGGUGCCAUUGGAUGGGGAGUUCUGGCCGCAAUGGAAGGUGUACUUGCUUCCGUUUUAGAUGCAGCUGUGGUCUGUUGGGCGAGCGAAGUGGGAACAACACGCAAGGAGGCGAGGUACUGCCGAGAGGCAGGUUGGCUCUUUGGUGGAGAGAGGGAACAAUAUACAGAAGACGUAUAG